AUGGUUUAACUUCCGCGUUUGGAGCGAGGCUGUCAAAUCACAAGUUUUUCCAAAACAUUGAGUAAUUUUCGGUUUAUUCACAUUUACUGUGAUAAACAUUCAGUGUACAUGGCAAUUCAGAGUUCAUCAGAAAUUGUGUAGUGACUGUUAACUACAUCAGCUUAUAAGUUAUAUGGAACAUCUAGAUCUACUGCAUGAUCAGGAACCACUUGUUUGUUGACUGUUGAAAUUGAGAAAGGUUCACCAGUGUGGGAGUCCGACAGCUAAAUGAAAUAAAAAUGGCGUCAAGGAAAGAUUAUGAUGAUCCAGCAUCGCGACCUUUGUUUGGUGAAACACAUCCACAGGACAGAGUAUGUAACUUGGUAGUGGCAACGUUUACUGGAAUACUUGUAGUGGUUACAUUAGUGAGUGCAUUUAUAUUUCCCCACUGGCCGCCAAAUGGUAUCAACAUAUUCUUUGCUGUUGUCAUGGUGUUUGUAGGAUUUGCCCAUUUAUUACUGAUAUUCUGGUACAGACAAGGAGAUUUGGAACCAAAAUUUUUACGACUGAUAUUUUACAAUGCAUUUACAAUGAUUUUACUGUGCAUCGUUGGAAAUCUCUACAUACAUAAUGUUUGAAAAAUAUAACAGUGACAUGAUAACACAUGGCAUUAGUCCAAGUAUGUAGAACAAUAUGUAUACAUGUCUCAUGGUAAAUUGAAGCAAUGGAUUUAUACAGACAUGGCAUCAUGACAAACCAUCGUUGCUAAAAUCAAUGUAGCAAAUGACAGAUACUAGAAUUUAGACAUUGCCAAAUAUUCUGGUCACUGUAAUUCAGGACCUAAGACUGUGAUAGUAAAAACACAAUGUUUAUACAUGAAAGUAUGCUAGCUUUGACCAGUGUUCAUUUGAUAACUUUUGCUCUCCAUAUGACAGGAGCUUUUAUGUAAGAUGUUGCCAUUCAUUUUAUGUAUAGUGCAAUCAUGACACAGACUGAUCUUAAGUUUUACUGUGAAAUCAUUUGUUUUAACUUUGUAAAAUUACUGAAUACUGCAAACUCAUUUGUUUUUUAAUUAAUCUAAGUUCUGAUUUAAAUAAGUAAUGUAGAUAACAUUUCUUAUUAAAAUAGAUAAUGCAGAUGUGUCUUACACAAAUAAGUGAUGCAGAUAACAUGUCUUAUUAAAUAGAUAAUGCAGAUGUGUCUUACACAAAUAAGUGAUGCAGAUAACAUGUCUUAUUCAAAUGAGUAAUGCAUAUAACAUGUUUUUUUUUCAAAUAAGUAAUGCAGAUAACAUGUCUUAUUCUAGUAAGUAUUUUUUUCAAAUAAGUAAUACCAACAUGUCUUAUUCAAGUAAGUAAUGCAGAUAACAGGUUUUAUUCAAACAAAUAAUACCAACAUGUCUUAUUCAAGUAAGUAAUGAAGAUAACAGGUUUUAUUCAAACAAAUAAUACCAACAUGUCUUAUUCAAGUAAGUAAUGAAGAUAACAGGUUUUAUUCAAACAAAUAAUACCAACAUAUCUUAUUCAAGUAAGUAAUGCAGAUAACAGGUUUUAUUCAAACAAGUAAUACCAGCAUGUCUUAUUCAAGUAAGUAAUGUAGAUAACAUGUUUUAAGCUGUUAGUUUAGCUUAUCCAGGGUUAGAAAUAUUUCUGAUGACUUUUUAAACAAUGCUUUUUAUAUAGUUUUCAUUUACCUUUUAUUUGAACAUACUCCUAACAUUUUAAUGCAAGGUUAUAUCUUAAUUUUUAGCUGAUUUUUAAGAGUUCAUGCAUGUGCACAUUUUAUGAGGAUUUAUAUCAAGAAAUCAUAUUUAGAUACUUCUGUGUUCUUUAUGUCAUACAAACACUUAAGAAUAUCUAACAGAUUUUAUUCUACCAAUGAAAAGUUUUAAAUCUGUCACUUUUGAUUUGAUAAAAUCUGUUUAUAUCAGUUAGGUAAAAUUUUUUUACGAAUUUUCUAUUGAAAAUUUUGUUUUUAAAUAGAAGAAAUUGCCGACAAGAAAGUCUGGAUUUUUUUUCUUUAUUUUUUCACAGACAAGCUAAAAUCAUUUAUUGUAACUUGACUUGGUACCCGAUUUGGGAAAAAAUCGUGAAAAGAAGUCAAAUGGGAUCCUGUAAUGACAAGUUGUGAUAAUGCACAUGAGUAAACAUGAUACUUUUGUACCUGAUUACUAUAUUGCUGUUUUGCUAUGUUACUGUUAUGAGUGAUUUGAGAGAAUGGAAUUUUGAUGAAUGUGUAGAGAAGGGAAGUAACUCUGUCUGGUCAGUGCAGCGGUCCUCUUUUCUUGCAAUGUUGCAAUUAUUCUAUUUUUGCCAUAAUUUUAUUAUGAAGUAUUUAUUUUUAAUGAGCACAUUAUAUGAAACUUAGAUCUAAGUGUAUUGUACUGAUUGUACUGCAUGUACACCAUGUAUAUAAAGGUUGUUUUAUUAAACAAAAUAUUUUUAUUUUCA